GCCAAUCCCAAGUUCAAAACCACCACCAUAAUGGAAACCUCGACAUGGACUCCAUUUGCAGCAGCAUGGCUCACCAUAUUAGCGCUCUUCCUUUUCUCAAAAUUUCAUCGCCGGAAAAAACUCAAUUUGCCUCCCGGCCCGAAACCAUGGCCCAUAAUUGGAAAUCUCAACCUCAUAGGACCCCUCCCCCACCGAUCAGUACACGAACUAUCCCAAAAAUAUGGCCCCAUAAUGCACCUCCGCUUCGGCUCCUUCCCUGUGGUGGUCGGCUCAUCCGUCGAGAUGGCCAAGAUUUUCCUUAAAACCAUGGACGUCACUUUCGCAUCGCGGCCCAAAACCGCUCCCGGAAAGUACAUCACCUAUAAUUACUCCAACAUAACCUGGUCCCCUUACGGCCCGUACAACCGCCAAGCCCGAAAAAUAUGCCUGAUGGAAUUGUUUAAUGCAAAAAGACUUGAAUCAUACGAAUAUAUUCGGACUGAAGAAAUGAAUUCCCUUCUCAACGAACUUUUCAAAUCCGCAGGAAAGCCCAUUUUGUUGAAAGGUUAUAUUUCGACAGUGAGUUUGAAUGUGAUUUGUCGAAUGGUUUUGGGAAAAAAGUAUUCAGAUCAAUCGGAGAUUUCGCCUGAAGAAUUUAAUAAGAUGAUGGAUGAACUGUUCUUGCUUAGUGGGAUUUUUAACAUUGGAGAUUCGAUCCCUUAUAUUGAUUUUCUUGAUUUGCAAGGAUAUGUUAAGAGAAUGAAAAUUGUAAGCAAGAAAUUUGAUGGGUUUUUGGAGUCCGUUCUCAAUGAACAUAAUGCUAGGAGGAAAGCAACUGAAAAUUAUACUAGCAAAGACAUGGUGGAUGUGCUCUUGGAACUUGCAGAAGAUCCUAACUUAGAGGUCAAGUUGGAGAGGCAUGGAGUCAAAGCAUUUACACUGGACAUGCUCGCGGGUGGAACUGAAAGCUCGUCUGUGACAGUGGAAUGGGCGAUUUCGGAGCUCCUAAAGAAGCCGGAAACAUUCAAGAAGGCAACCGAGGAGCUUGAUCGUGUUAUAGGCAAGGAUAGACGGGUACAAGAGAAAGAUAUCCCAAAUCUCCCUUACAUCAAAAACAUAGUUAAAGAAACUAUGAGGCUGCACCCCGUGGUACCAAUGUUGGUACCCCGGCUAGCACGCGAAGACUGUAAGGUAGCUGGCUACGACAUUCAGAAAGAAACCCGAGUGCUCGUAAAUGUAUGGGCGAUUGGAAGAGACCCAAAAAUUUGGGAAGAUCCAAACGAAUUCUGUCCUGAAAGAUUUGAUAGGAAUAAUAUUGAUGUCAAGGGGCAACAUUUCGAGCUUUUGCCAUUUGGUUCAGGGAGGAGGAUGUGCCCUGGAUAUAGUUUGGGACUGAAGGUUAUUGAAUCAAGUGUGGCUAAUUUAUUGCAUGGAUUCAAUUGGAGAUUGCCUGAAAAUAUGAGUCCUGAAGAGUUGAACAUGGAAGAAAUUUUUGGGCUGACCACUCCACGAAAGUUCCCACUUGCUGCUGUAGUUGAGCCUAGGCUUCCAUUGGAUCUAUAUACUCUGUGAUUUCUUAUUUGUAAUCUCUACUAUUAAAACUAUGAGCAAUAAUAUCAUGUAUUUAGUCCUGACAAGGUUAUUGCCCUAUGUUAGGAUUGAGUCCUAAUCGAUCGGUAAUAGCUUGAAUGAAAUCAGAAUCACACAUAUCGCGAAUAAAAAUAAGUGUGAAGGAUGAUUA